CCAGGGAGGUUUGCAUUCCUGACGCAAGGCGACUGUGUAAACGUCCCAGGUGGUCCUUUGGCACCCAACCCCACCGGGCUCCCGUCCGCGGUGCGCAAAGCUGGCAUGACAGGCAGGACGCGAGCAGCACCUGUUGCGCUUCUGCCUGGAAUCUUCGAGCCCGCCUCCCGGCCCCUCUUGCUUUAAGAAAAGCAGGGGCUGGACGAGGAGCCCUCCUGCCUGCUCCAAUGGGGCUUGCUGUCAGGUUGUGCUUGCCCACCUGCCUCUUCCAUUGACCUUCUUCCUUCUGUGAACUGGGGUAAAGGGAAAAGCCACCGAGAUGCUGCUCUUCCGGAAAAAGAAGCCCAGCGAUGAAGCCCGGAAACGCCUCGAGUACCAGAUGUGCCUGGCAAAGGAGGCUGGGGCUGACGACAUCCUGGACGUCUCCAAAUGCGAACUCCCAGAGCUUCCAUAUGGAGCGUUUGCGACUUGUAAAGUCCUGCAGAAGAAGGUGCUGAUCGCUCAUUCCAAUCACCUCACAUCUCUGGUCCCCAAGUCCUGCAGCCUCCUGAAUUUAAGCACUGUAAAGGUUUUAGAUCUGCAUGACAACCAGCUGACUGCGCUUCCUGCUGACAUUGGUCUGCUGACAUCCCUCCAGGUCCUGAACGUCGAAAAGAAUCUCCUGAAGGCACUUCCAGAUUCUCUUGGGGAACUUGUCCAGCUGCAGACCCUGAAUCUGAAAGCCAACAAGCUGAAGGCACUGCCAGACACGCUGAGAGGACUGCGAAGCCUGCGGACCUUGGACAUCAGUGAAAACCUUGUGCAGAGGUUGCCUCCAGCGACGGCUCACAUCCGGACCCUGGAGACGCUGACCCUGGACGCCUCGGCCAUGACCUAUCCGCCCAGCGGCACUUGCAGCGCUGGCACAGAGGCCAUCCAGCGGUUCCUGUGCGAAGAGCUGGGCAUUGAGUACACCCCCCCCUCCCAGUACCUGCUCCCCAUCCUGGAAAGCGGCAGAGGCGAGGAAGCCGUGGACGGUGUCAGCGCAGCGGUCUGCAGCUAUGCGGACAGCGAGGCCGAGUGGCAGAACAAAUUUCUGGACUAUGAGAAGCGGAAGGAACAGAAGAUGCAAGAGAAGCUGGAGUUUGAGCGUUGGCUGGACCUGGAGCAGCGGGGGCAGGCACAGCUGAUCCACCACAGCCAAGCCGAGAAGGGGGAGAUCCUCCAGAGCAUGAAAGAGGAGCAGGUGAGGCUGGAGCAGGGCCUGACACGGCACCAGCAGCGCCUGGGGGAGGAGCGGCUGAAGCUGCUGGAGCAGCUGAAGGACAUGGAGCAGGGCGUGGCGAGUCGGAUCCAGAAACUGCUGGAAGAUAAUCGAAGGCAGAAGCAGAGCUCAGAGAUCCUCAAAUCCCUCGAGAAUGACCGGAUCCGGAUGGAGCAGCUGAUGGCCAUCACCCAGGAAGAGGCGGAGCAGCUGCGCCGGAGGGAGGUGGCUUCUGCCAUGCAGCAGAUGCUUGCAGAGACAUACAAACACAAGUUGGUCCAGAUGGCUUACGAGUCGCGCCGCCAAGAUCUCGUGAACCAGACUUGCUCCAGUUUGGCCAAGAUGGACCAGAAGUUCCAGCAAAUCCUGGCCUGGCAGCAGCUGGACCAGAACAAGGCCAUCGGCCAGAUCCUGCAGGAGAGCGAAAUGCAGAGAGCAGCCUUCGAAGCCCUCCAGGUGAAGAGAGACCUCAUGCACUGCCAGAUCAGGAAUCAGAUUAAGUUAAUAGAGAGAGAGUUACUGCAGCUGACCCAGCUGGAGUUAAAGAGGCAACAGCUGGACACGGAGGCGUUGCAGGAGGCGAUUGCGGAGCAGCGGCGAGCACUCACCUACCUGCUGCAGCAGCUGCUGAAGGAGAAGAAGCAGCGGGAGGAAGAGCUCCAGGCAAUCUUGAGAGAACUGGAGGCCAAGAGUGAAACCAAGCAGGAGAACUACUGGUUGAUCCAGUACCAGCGGCUGCUGGACCAGAAGCCUCUCUCACUCCGCUUGCAGGAGGAAGGCUUGGAGAAGCAGCUGGUGAAGCUGCUGACAGACCUGUCGGCUGAGAAGUACGUGCCCAUUUUUGCCCACCAUCGGGUCUCGCUCGACAUGCUCAGCACCAUGCUUCCUGGCGACCUGGCAAAGAUGGGGAUCGCAGAGACUGGCCUGCAACACUCCAUCCUGUGGAAGGCCCAGGAGAUCCACGCCGUGGCACAGACGAUCCCAGAGCUGCUGAAGCCCACAGAGGAGGUCGAGCCAUCUGCCCCAGGACUGAAUGAAGAGCCCGUCAGAACCAAAGUUCCUUCUGCCCCUCCACCGGAAGAGCAUCGCUGUGAGUGCGUGGUCUGCAUGGAGCAAGAGGCCCAGGUGGUCUUCCUGAACUGCGGCCACGUCUGCUGCUGCCAGACAUGCUCCGAAGCGCUCAGCACCUGCCCGCUUUGCCGCAAGGACAUCGUGCAGCGCAUCCGCCUCUUCCACAGCGGCUAAACCGGACGGGGCAGCCAUGCCCUGAGCUCGCACGCCCCUCGCCCCUUCCGCGGGAGUGGGACAGCGGGCGCAGGCCUGGGAUUUUGCACUACCUCCUUGCUCUUUGCGCACCCGCCUGUCGUCACGAGUCCCCGGAGCAUGGCUGACGUUCCCCUCCCCGCUGCCGGAUGCGCACCCCAUGGCUGCCCUGGGGCCAAGAGGCCCGUCCGAGCCGGCAGGAAGACGUACGGGGCGACGCCUGGCCGAGCGGGAGCCUCCUCUCCCCGGCUCGCAAGUCCCGAUACCUGGGGGAGCCACCAUCACGCAGGGCUUCGCUUCUCAUACUCGCACGGGGCUGGGUCAACGUUCUUUAAAGCCGGGACAGAGCAGCACCUUCCCGCCCGUGGUGCUGGGUCCACAGGCCUCAACGGAUCGCUGUGGCAACCCACUCGGAGGAAGGGUGCCGAGGGAGGGCACGGGCCAGGAGCACCUGCCCCUCGCCCUGUGGGGAGGCAGGCCGGAGCCUGUUCCCGAAAGCGAUCCCCGGAGCCGUAACAGCCCCAGGCAUUCCCUCAGCGGCUGGGUAUGCGCGCCCACCACCUUUCCACCAGACUGCAAGUCCCAUCACCAACAUCUCUGCCCUAACGAUCUUCAGCGACUGGCCCCUGAACUGCUGGCCACGUGAAGCCUCCUCUCAGCCACGCCUCUGUAAAUGUAUUUUCUUCUAUUUAUUGAGCCUGUUGAGGCGUGGCAACAAGGGCCGCGAAAGGUGGGGCUUGUAGCCAACACAACUUGGGCAAGGCUGCUGGGAAUAAGAGCCUCCGCCUCACCUACCCACCCAAAUGGGUACGGAGAGGAAAGGCCUUAGAAUUGGGGCAGGGGAGGGAGCAGGGCCCACCCUGCUCUCGCCCUCUCCAGCAGCCGAAGCCUGAAUGGGCAGGCAGGCAGGCAGGGGGUGGAUGGAGCAGCCAGGAUCCCUGGUUGGGUGGAGGCCGUUCCGCCUGCUGCGCCGCUUCGCUAGCAGGCCUGGGUGUACUCCCUCGCGCCUCUUGGUUAAUUAGUCAGUAAUUGGCCCGUUACCCUGCCAAGGCAACACCGCCCCUGAGGAAGCCGGGGUUAGCGGGCGGGCGGACUUGGCCACUCUCCUCCCACGAGGAAGCCAAAGGCCCGCUUUGCCCUCGGCGCUCCCUCGUCCAGAAACCCGCAGCCGCCCUUCAACCCACCUGCUCAUCGCUGGCUGCCUGCUUCAAGCGUUCCUGGCCACGCCACUCUGCAGGAUUAGGCGGGGGUCUGCGGAUGCCCAGGGGGCCACAGACACGUGCCUUCUCCCGGCCCCCAGGCAAAAUGACCAGCGAGUCCUUCCUUGCCUCACCAGCAAUUGGGGCUCCAGCUCUCCUGCCGUCAGCGCCCCAAGCCAAACACACGAGAGACGCCUGGGCUCAACCCACCCCUCCCGCACCCAACUGUGCAGGCCGGAUGCCUUUGACCAGACGAGGCUUGCCGAUUCCAAGCCCUGUGUGUCUUGUCUUCCCCAAGCUACACCUUUUCGCUCAGACCAUCUUGGCAAUCGUAGAUUUCUUGGGCAGCAGUCUGAAAAUUGCCAGAGAUGGCCUGUGUUUUUGUUGCCUUCCCUGGAAAGGGCCGCCUAGUUGUGUCUUCUGGCAUGUGCCACUUUGGCUGGACUAGCUGCCCAAGGCCACGUGCAGAUGGGAGAACUGGGCCACUUGGGAAGAGCCUCUCGCCACCCCAUGUCCUGCACGAAUGCUCCCGUUUUCCAAAGCCCGUCUGUUUUGAUUGUGCUUUGUCUCGUGUGUCCAGCAGAGAAAUAAAGAAAAAGAACAGGGUAUGAAA